AUGAAGGUCCUCUUCCCGCUCCUGUCGCUGGCCUCGGCCGCCCAGGCUCUCUACUUCUUCAUCGACCUCUCCACGCCGAAGUGCUUCUACGAGGAUCUCCCAAAGGACACUCUGGUCGUGGGGCACUACUCUGCGGAAGAGUGGGACGACCGAGCCAACUCCUGGCAGCAGCAUACCGGGAUCAACAUCUUCAUUUCCGUUGAUGAAAUCUUUGAUGAUGAUCACCGCGUCGUCUCUCAGAAGGGUACAUCAUCCGGCCGCUUCACCUUCUCCUCUGCCGAGUCCGGCAACCACAAGAUCUGCUUCACCCCGUCCUCAACGUCCGGCCGCAGCGCGUGGACCAGCCUGACCCACGAGAACGGUGGCAUCAAGCUCCAGCUCGACAUGGUCAUCGGUGAGACCAACCAGAUCGAGAGCACCGACAAGAAUAAGCUGCAGGACAUCGCCUCGCGCGUCAGGGAUCUGAAUGCUCGUAUCAAGGAUGUCAGGAGGGAGCAGGUUUUCCAGAGGGAACGUGAAGCCGAGUUUAGGGAUCAGUCCGAGUCCACCAACAGCCGCGUCGUCCGCUGGAUCGUCAUCCAACUCAUCGUCUUGGGAGUCACUUGUGCCUGGCAGCUAUCUCACCUUCGUUCAUUCUUCAUCAAGCAGAAGCUCACCUAG